UGACAAUCUACCCCAACUUAUACCCUUAAACCCUGCUUAAGUUUUUUAAAAUACAAACAGAAAGCAAGAAAAAGAGAAGAUGGAAGUUGAAGCAGCAGAAUUUGGUAGGGCGGAGGAGAGAGAGCAGAGCCACCGCGUCAUAUGUCAGCUCACCGACGCGGAAGGCACGCCGCUCGGUUCGCCUAUUUUCCUGCCGGAAACCGCAGGUCCUAAGGAGCUCCAGCACCUCGUCAAUCAGCUCCUCAACAAUGAGGAAAAGUUGCCUUAUACUUUUUAUGUGUCGGACCAUGAGCUUGCAGUGGAGCUUGGAUCGUACCUUCAGAAGAAUAAAGUUUCCGUGGAGAAGGUCAUUACAAUAGUAUACCAGCCCCAGGCUGUAUUUAGAAUACGUCCAGUGACUCGAUGUUCUUCAACUAUUGCUGGUCACACUGAAGCUGUGCUUUCUGUUGCCUUUAGUCCUGAUGGACACCACCUGGCUAGUGGAUCAGGUGAUACAACUGUUCGUAUGUGGGAUUUGAAUACGCAGACACCAUUGUUUACAUGUAAAGGACACAAGAACUGGGUUCUUUGUAUUGCAUGGUCGCCAGAUGGUAAGCAUCUAGUUAGCGGAAGCAAGGCUGGAGAACUUAUAUGCUGGGACCCACAGACUGGCAAAUCACUGGGAAAUCCACUUAUGGGGCACAAGAAAUGGAUAACUGGAAUUUCAUGGGAGCCAGUGCAUCUUAGUGCUCCAUGCUGCCGAUUUGUCAGUGCAAGUAAAGAUGGUGAUGCAAGGAUCUGGGAUGUUGCUUUCAAGAAAUGUAUAAUAUGCCUUACUGGACAUACACUGGCCAUAACCUGUGUGAAAUGGGGAGGUGAUGGAUUCAUAUAUACUGGAUCUCAGGAUUGCACAAUUAAAAUAUGGGAGACUACACAAGGAAAGCUAAUUCGGGAAUUGAAGGGCCAUGGGCAUUGGGUGAAUUCAUUGGCAUUGAGUACUGAGUAUGUUCUCCGAACUGGUGCCUUUGAUCACACUGGUAAACAGUAUUCAUCUCCAGAGGAAAUGAAGCAGGUUGCUUUGGAAAGGUAUAAUAAGAUGAGGGGCGGUGCUCCUGAAAGAUUGGUGUCUGGUUCAGAUGACUUUACCAUGUUUCUAUGGGAACCUGCUGCCAGCAAACACCCCAAAAAUCGUAUGACUGGUCAUCAACAGCUUGUAAAUCAUGUUUACUUUUCUCCUGACGGGCAAUGGAUUGCAAGUGCCUCCUUUGAUAAGUCAGUCAAAUUAUGGAAUGGAGUAACUGGAAGUUUCGUGGCUGCCUUCCGUGGCCAUGUUGGGCCCGUUUAUCAAAUAAGCUGGUCAGCUGACAGUAGACUGCUUUUGAGUGGAAGCAAAGACUCAACUCUCAAGGUUUGGGAUAUUCGUACGCAGAAGCUGAAACAAGAUCUUCCAGGACAUGCAGAUGAAGUGUUUGCAGUGGACUGGAGUCCAGAUGGUGAGAAAGUAGCAUCAGGUGGAAAGGAUAAAGUUCUGAAGCUAUGGAUGGGGUAGACGUAACGCCAACAGUUUCACUAUCAUAUACCGAGUUUUGGCAAGAAACGGAAUCGCUGUUGCCACAAGAGAUCACAAAGACAGGUAUACAUUAGUUUAGAGAAGUAGUAUCUUCUUCUGUGGUGGUGAUGAUCAAGCUGCAUAUUUUUAUUUCUCAUUUAUUUCCCUUUGUAAAGGAAUAAACAACAAACAGGGUUAGCUAAAAUUUUCAUUUUUUUAAUCUUUACCAGUUGCACUCAACAUCCAUAUCCUUGGAAGAAAUGGUAAUGGAGUACAUUUUUGUUUCCCAACAGCUUAAUUUUGUCAAUCGAUAUUAUAGAACCAAACACAUAAAA